AAACUAGAAUAGAUGUGAUGAUUUCAGUCCAUUCUUCAACAAACAAACGAAUGAAAGAAAGGAAGAAUUGAAAUUCGUUUGAUGGACGUGUGUAUGUGUAUGUGCAUGUGUGUGUGUGUCGUUGUAUUGGUUAACAAGAGUGCAUUUGUGUGUGGAUGGGCUAAAAUAAUAAUAUGAUUCUGCGAUUAUUUCGAGUGCAAUAUCCUUCUGGUGAAAUUUUUCAUGUGCACAAUACCAACGUAAAUGUUCCGUCUGUUCCGUUCUAUAUCUGUGUGUCUCAGUGAGCACAGCAAUUAAUUGCAAUAAUCAAUGUUUCGAAAGUUCAAUGUUUUGACGCAUUUUUGAUCUCGGAAAUGAUUGAAAAUAGCGGGGCGUCUCGAUUCACAUAAAAUUCUAGCGCCGGUUAUACAUGUUGAACACAUUCAAAAAUCAAAACGACUAUCAAUCAAGCAACAAUUUACAGCGAAACGAGUGUGUUUCGAAUGCGACAAGUCCAUGCGAUUUGCUUACUGCUGUUAGUGCUGUUUCAAUUUCUGUGUACGUUGACAGUCACACCGUAAACGCCAAAACGGAUAUUUUUAGCAUAUUCCUUCUCAUUAAAUAGAUGAGAAAAAUGAUGACGGUGAUGUGAUAUGUUUGUUGUGUCGAGUUCGGAAUUAAUGUGGUGCCGCUUGCGUUAUGUUUUUCUCACGUCCAUAAAUCGCAUUUAUGUGAGCAUUUCUAUUUGAUGUACGAUGAUCAUUCAGUGGGUUGAGAGGGAGAGAGCUAGUUCGCUAGAGAGAAUAUGCCAUUGUGUAUAGACAACGAACCGUCGCCGCCGCCGCCGCCGCCGCCGCCAUCGCAGCAACAGUAACGGCAGUAGCAGCUUCAGCAUCAAUGAAUCUGACAAAAUAAAUGAUGAAAUGUUACGUUACCAUAUACACCGUCGAUCUUUGGCCUAUAUCAUUAUACAAGCUCAUGGUUUGAAUUGAAACGCACGACAACGACAGUUAAACAAGAACAUACGCGCAUCCAACACCCAAACAUAUCAACGGAUUGAUUGCAAAAUUACCGCAUGCAACGAGAGAUUUCUUUUGUUUUUCUUCCUCUUGUUGUGCCAUUCGCAGUGUGUUGUCUGUUGAGUGUGUGUGUCUCUUUAUUUCUUAUCGUUUUUCUUUUCUUCGGUGCUGUGUGCAUGAACACCAAAUGAAAAAAUGCUCAGAUCGAUUGAGCAAACGAAGCGGUUUUAGUGUAUUUGUUCAGUGGGAUUAUGUUUGAAAGAAGUUGUGCACAAGAUAUUCCCAUUUCCUCGCAAGCACAACAACAACAACAACAGCAACAGCAACAACGACAGCAGCAAUUAGUUGAAGUAGCGAUUCACCGUUGUGGUUUUCAACACACUCAGGCAUCAAGCCCAUCAAGGACAAAAAACCUUGCCAAAUUUGUUUCCAGUGACUCACUGAACUCAAGACGAAGCGUAAAAUUUCAUUGUGAUACACCGACAAAUCGUUCGCCAUUUAAAUCCGUACAAAUGGCCGGCAGUAUGAAACAGGGCAAAACUCAAGAUGACAUCGUCUAUGUGGUGGCAAAGUAUGAUUAUGCGGCGCAGGGAAAUCAAGAGUUGGAUUUGAGAAAAAAUGAACGCUACAUGCUACUGGAUGAUUCAAAGCAUUGGUGGCGUGUGCAGAAUAGUCGAAAUCAAUCCGGUUACGUGCCGAGCAAUUAUGUGAAACGAGAGAAACCGUCACUGUUCGACAGCAUCAAGAAAAAGGUGAAAAAAGGUUCGGGCUCAAAGACACUACCGAAUUGUUCGCCAUCACGUACCGUCGACAGUCCAACCAUGCAACGCCGUUUACCGCCCGAUCCGUCAGAGGCGAUCGGAACAGCUAUCGUAAAAUACAAUUAUCAGGCACAGCAACCGGACGAGUUGGCAUUGGCAAAAGGCACCCGGAUUUUGAUUCUCGAAAAAUCGAAUGACGGCUGGUGGCGAGGCCAAAGCGGGAACGCUGUCGGUUGGUUCCCCAGCAAUUACACAACCGAAGAAUGCGAUAACAAUGACGAACAAAUACACACUUAUGCCAUGGCCGAAAAUGUGCUGGACAUCGUCGUUGCACUGUACUCGUUCAACUCAAAUAACGAUCAGGAAUUAACGUUUGAUAAGGGCGAUCGCCUCGAAAUCGUAGACAGACCGGCUUCCGAUCCAGAAUGGUAUAAAGCUCGUAAUAAUAAUGGCCAAAUAGGAUUAGUACCACGUAACUAUUUACAAGAAUUGUCCGAGUAUUUAUCGCAAUCAUAUCGAGGAUGCCCACCAACUACCAACGAUUCCAUGGACCGUCGCAACGAUACGAUGAACAAUUCCAUUUCACCUCCCCCAUUGAACAAUGCCAACAAUCAAAUGGAACGUCCAAAUUUGGCUGGCAAAUCAUGGUACUACGGUGCCAUCACUCGCAGCCAAUGCGAUACCGUACUCAAUUCACACGGACACGACGGUGAUUUUCUUAUCAGAGACAGUGAAACGAAUAUGGGUGACUUUUCGGUGUCAUUGAAAGCGCCUGGUCGCAACAAACAUUUCCGAGUUCACGUUGAAAACGGCAUGUAUUGCAUUGGACAACGGAAAUUCCACAGUUUAGAUCAACUGGUUGAUCAUUACCAAAGAGCGCCAAUUUAUACGAACAAACAGGGCGAAAAAUUGUAUUUAGUUCGAUCACUACCCAAAGCGAAUGGUACUUAAAGCUAAGUGUAAGAGAUAAACCGACGCACAGAGAGAGAGAGAGAGCGAAUGAGAAGAUGAAAUCUGAAUUAUGUAUUUCGUAGCCAGAGAAAAGAAAAGAGCAGGAAAAUAAGUAAACAUUAUCAUGAAUUAAUGCAGCUGAAUAGCGAUAUUGCAUAAAUCAUUAUUCAAGUAAAACAAACUAAUUACUCCAAUUAAUAUCGGAUCAAUGUGAUUUCGUAACGAAUCAUCCGCGCCAUUUAUGGAUGUUUGUACGAAGCCACAAAUAAAGACAGAAUCAUUUUGAACAUUUUUUCUAGUAUUUCCAUAUUUUUCACAAAACGAUUAGAAAAAAUGAAAAUGACAUUGCCAUUUUCGAAAAUGAAUUGAGAGAAGCGAUAAAGAAACAAUACAUAUUUUAUAAUACGCACUCAAUCAUUAAACAAAGAAAAAACAAAAAAUUAUGCAAUUGAUAUUGAUUCAUUUAGUGGCCACAGCCAAAUUUCGAUAAAUACUAUCGAUCGCUUCGUACGUUGGAACAAAAAAAAAAAAAUACUAGAAAAAUUCAUAUGAUUUUCGGGCUAUUUAUUUUGAAUUGUAAAUUAGAGAGAGAGAACCAGAGAAAUGAUUUGUUUUGGGCAAAGAAAUUGUUUAGAAUAUAGGAAUAUAACAAAGAUUAAUUUAUUCGACAUUUUAAAAAGACGAUUAACGCAGAUUGCUGCAGAUUGGUCGUGAUCAUGCGAUCGAUCGAUUUGGUGUACGACACGACACGAUGCUAACCAAUGUUGAUUCAGGACAUUUUUUUUCUAUUUAACAUGCAUUCCAAAAUCGCUUUAUUUUUGCAAAUCGAAAAAGAGACAGAGAGAGAGAGAGGUUUCAACAAGUGUAUUAGCAAUGAGUAGACAAGAUCUGUAUUUUGAGACUCAAAAUUUUUUUCAUUCAAAUUUCAUUGGACUGGGCUUUCAUUAGACGAUAUAGAUAAUAAUUUAGUUGCCGCACUUGAAAAUGUGUGCUUAAACAAAAUUCGACACAAACGCACAACCCAUUCACAUCAUUGACGUAUAUAUGAAUGAACAGACUAUUUCAUUCCCAUUUUUCACACGCAAAUUUCAUCUGAACAAGUAACAAUAAUAUACUCAAUGCCGCUUUUAAUAGAAAUUUUUACAAGAGACAAGAGUGUUUUUCCUUCUGGUUUUUUUCUGUUUUUUUUCCAUUUUGCAUUUGUUGAUGGACGCAAAGAGAAGUCGAUUUCUAUUUAAGUAGCUUAAUGAAGAUGAUUAAAAAGAUCUAAUAACACCAGAAGUAAAUUUAUUUAGUGACAGCAAAAACGAUCAUACCAAAAUAUAAAUGUUUGUCGGUAGGUGACAUUUUAUAUUAACUGCAACGACCUCACACACACACACACACACACACACGUACUCUCCAUGAUUCAAAUUUGAAAGUGCCAUCCAACAGAACAAAGAAAAGGUAUAUGGCCAUUGCUGAACCAAGUUAAUAACCACAGGUUUUUUUUUAUAUAAAAUUAUCCAUAAAGCUAUGGAAGAAGGUGACGAACGAGUUCUUUUUUUUCGGCUGCCGAACGACAGCCGAAUUUACAUGUGACAAAUAUGAUUCGCGGGCAAAUCGAACCAAAUACAUAAAAAAAAAACAAAAACAAAUUAUUAUUCUGAAGACAGCUGCAAUGAGUCAAAUGACAGCUACUUGUAGACCAUAAGAUAUAUGAUAGCAUAAAUUUCUGUGUGUGUAAUAUUAUUAAUAUUUAUUAAACAUUAAGACUUGAAUGAGAAACCAUCUGACAACAACAAAAAAAGAACAAUCCGAAAUGCUUUUCCAUCACAUUACGAUUUAAGUAGGAUGAACAGGAGACACACGAUCCCCACAGGCACACAAACAAAAUUCUCAUGCCCGCGAUUGCACAUGUAUUUAUUUAAUUGAUGAUGUUGGUGGUUGCACAGAACAGACAGAUCAUCCGGCUUCGAUGAACGGGACGACGAAUUAGAUUAUACAUUUUUGAUACACUAAAAACUAAAACGAUGAUUUUUGUAAAUAUAUUUGUGUACUAAUCAAAAGACAUUUGAUUUAAAAA